GGGGGAGAGGGCAAGAGAGCGAGGGAGGGCGUGCUACUGACGGGCUUGGAAUGGUAGCAGCUCUGAGGAGGCGUGGCCGGGCGGUACCAUUCGGGGGAGGCGGGCGGGGAGGCAUGCCACAGACUUGACGUGUGCGUGUCUGCGAGGGGGGGGAAUGUUCCAUUGCGCGUGGGUGAGGAAGGCUCCAUGUGGUGCUUCUGGAGGGCCCCGUCGAGGGUGAUACCACUGCAUUCAGCAAGGGGGGCAGAGGGAGGCAGGAGGUGCCACUGAGGGGGGGCAACUUUUGGUUUUGGGGGUGCCUCUCUGGGGAAUGCCAGGCAGUGCCAGCGCAUGGGGCAAGUGGUGCCAUUUUGAGCUGUGGUAGCGGAAGGGGUGUGCCUUUCACCCAAAGAGCAUCAAUAAGCGGGUAUUGGAAGGGACCAUGCCCAGGCCCCGCUGCUCUUAGGGGGCUGUGAGGGGUGCGCGGUGGCGGUGUUUUUUGGCAAGCCAGGAGCCCGGAGGAUCCCCUCGCCGCCAUGGCCUCCAACUGCACCGGAGGCACGGCCUCGGCGAACGUCGGCGCGGCCAUCGGAGCGGCGCUGAGCGCUUCCAAGACCAAGACGAAGAAGAAGCAUUUUGUGUGCCAGAAGGUGAAGCUCUUCCGAGCCUCGGAGCCGCUCCUCAGCGUCCUGAUGUGGGGAGUCAACCACACGAUUAACGAAUUGAGUAAUGUCCCUGUCCCAGUUAUGUUAAUGCCAGAUGACUUUAAGGCCUACAGCAAGAUUAAGGUGGACAAUCAUCUUUUCAACAAGGAGAACCUCCCAAGUCGCUUCAAAUUCAAGGAGUACUGCCCACUAGUGUUCCGAAAUCUCCGCGAAAGGUUUGCGAUUGACGAUCAAGAUUAUCAGAAUUCCGUGACACGGAGCGCCCCGGUGUACAGUGACAGCCACGGCCGUUGCGGGGUCCGUUUCCUCACCACCUACGACCGGCGGUUUGUCAUCAAGGCGGUGUCGAGUGAAGACGUCGCAGAGAUGCACAACAUCCUCAAGAAGUACCACCAAUUCAUUGUGGAAUGUCAUGGGAAUACACUUCUCCCCCAGUUCCUUGGUAUGUACAGGCUCACUGUAGACGGCGUGGAAACAUACAUGGUGGUCACCAGGAACGUGUUCAGCCAUCGGCUGACAGUGCAUCGGAAAUACGAUCUCAAGGGUUCAACGGUAGCAAGGGAAGCCAGUGACAAGGAAAAGGCCAAGGACCUGCCGACCUUCAAGGACAACGACUUUCUGAAUGAAGGCCAAAAGCUCCACGUUGGAGAGGAAAGCAAAAAGAACUUUUUGGAGAAGUUGAAGCGAGACGUCGAGUUUCUCGCUCAGCUGAAGAUCAUGGAUUACAGUUUGCUGGUGGGGAUUCACGACGUGGACCGUGCUGAGCAAGAGGAGAUGGAAGUUGAGGACCGGGCAGAAGACGAAGAAUGCGAGAACGACGGCAUUGGUGGAAACCCCAUUGGCUCUUAUGGAACCCCGCCUGACAGUCCCGGCAACCUUCUCAACUUCCCCCGGUUUUUUGGGCCUGGGGAGUUUGAUCCCUCCGUGGAUGUCUACGCUAUGAAAAGCCAUGAAAGUGCCCCUAAAAAGGAGGUCUAUUUCAUGGCCAUUAUAGAUAUCCUCACACCGUAUGACACAAAGAAAAAAGCGGCGCACGCUGCCAAAACUGUGAAACACGGGGCCGGAGCAGAGAUUUCCACAGUCAAUCCAGAGCAGUAUUCAAAACGCUUCAACGAAUUUAUGUCCAAUAUCCUGACAUAGUUGCCUUCCCAUCCUUGGCAAAAAAACGCAGAGGGAGAAGACAAAGUGGGGGUGGGUGCAGGAUGUGACCUUCCAGAGCAACAGGAACGCACCUCCCUCUGCUGGGGUGUGAUGUUCAGUGAAUGUGCGAUAACCGUGUGACCUAGCAGAAAACUAACUCAUAGCUGUAGGCCUCCAAAUACUCUGCUUGACCUGGUGGAAAAGUGGAGGUUUCUCUCUCUCUCUUUCUCCCUCUCUCUCUUUCUCUCUCUCUCUCUCUUUGGUUGCGACAAAAUCCAAACAUAAACCUGAGGAAUUCUCUUUGAAGAGUAUCACAGUCUCCUGAAGGUCAGGCGCAAAUGUGAAUAAAUAGCAGAAACUCCACAGACAUUUGUCCCUUCGAUUGGAUCUGCUUUUCUUCACUACGAGCGAGAAAAAACAAACCAACCACUUGUUGCUUCUUUCUCUAAGAACUGGAUGGGAAUAACCGUUUGCCGUUUGGAGGGGAAACUGUUACAGCGAUGUGCAAAAGCCAUUUUAAGUGAAUUGAAACAGAGAACUUUCCCCUUUGGGUUACAUUUCCCCAUUAUUAUUAUUAUUAUUAUUAUUAUUUUGCACCAAUGUUCAUUUCAAAAGAGAUGGGGUGGAAUACGAUGGCAAGUUGGCUGCUUAAAAAUUCACGCAAGUCAAUGGGAGGAAAGCAGUUACAGAAGAAUUCUUACACCGGUCAUUCUGGACCACGUCGAAGGCCCUUGGCGAAGAGACUGACUCUGAAGGGGGUGUGGCAACAUUAAAUCAUUCUCCGGACGAGUUGCAAAGACAUUUCUUUUGGAGCACCUGGACUCAGUUGCCUCUGUAACAUAACUGAUGUUCUGGCAGUGUUAAGCCAAUCAUGGUUCAGCCAACUUUUUAACCCUGGAUCCGGUUGCGAAUCCCAUAAGACGGUGCUUGCCAUGAGAAGGCCGCCACUUUUUAAAGCAGCAUAUUUUGUUGUGAAUCAGUGUGUUGGAAAUCUGUCUCCCUGGAGUUUUGGGAACAACAUGAUCCUAGAACGUAGGGAAAGAAACAUUAUAAAUCGAUGCAGCUGACUGUUCCGUAACCACUAAGAUAGACUGUCUGUGAGCUAGGACAGAACGUUGGAAUAAUUUGUGCUAGGUCGGUUUUCUUCAAGAAAGCAAACUGUUCUUGCCCCAUUUGAAUUGCAACUUUCCCCCCCUCUUACGUCUGCAGACAGUAACGUUGGAUUGAACAGCCACGCUUGUUGAAACUGCCGAAGAUUUGGAAUGCAACGCGUUGAUUCCAUGUUUUAAAUCUUAUGUGGGGUGGGGAGGGGGGGUUGUUUGUGGGUUGGCUUAUUUUUUAAGAUGGAUAUAACCGUUUUUGAGCCGUCACCUUGCAAUCAAGACACUUUGCUUACUCUGCCUUGAAACUGUUUCUCACAUAGGCCUUUCUUACCCUGAAUGUGGUUGUUGGGGAGUUUGUGUCUUGUGCUGUGUAGUAUAGUUCUUGAUUUGUGGAUUCUGUCUUGUUGAGAAUGUGGUGAAUGUUUUCUUUCCUUCUUUCCCCCUUCCCUUGUAGUAUAUGCCCCUUCUUCUCUGAUGGGAUCCCCCCCCCCGCCUCGCCUGAUUAAAAAGAAAAUUGAUUCCACAA